AUAUACAUUGGCGUCAUUUGAAAUAGAAUCUUAUCAACCCAAAUUGCACGUGUUUAGAUUAAAGCACAAUAUAACUAAGAGAAUGUAGCACAUUUUAUGUAGAAUACAACAACCUGCAACAUGCCAUAAUAUUUUAUUGCGGAGUGGGUGUUUUUCUAAUGUUUACGUAUAUUGUCAUUUGUCAAGUGUUCAGAGGUUAAUGUAGGUUCUUGUAUCCAACUCAUUCCCUCAUGACAAGUACAUAUGAUUCAUUUUGUGAAAGAGAUUCUUAUUCUCUCUAUAUAUAAGCAGCACAUAUGCACACCAGCACAUGAAGAAACUUAGAAAGUGGAUCAAAAAGAUAAAAACCAGGCACUGGCACAGUGGUGGUAUUUGCCUGUGUAUCUGUAUGCAUGACAAAGUAUGUCAGCCUAAUUAUCUUGUGAAGAAACUUGAGGGAUUUUCGUGCAACUGUAAACUUAAAUUGACCACUUUUCAGUUUUGUCUUAUUAUCUGUCUGGAUCCAGAUAGCUUCAUAUAUAUAGUGCCACCAAAUAAAGAGUUACUGAUCGAGUACACAAUUCAAAGACUCUAAUAUGGAGAGGUGUGAUGUUAAGACAAUUUUGUGUUCUGAAUUGCAGUCUUAAUUAAACACCUGUAGAAGAUGUCCAUUCAGCCUGUUUCUGUAUCGGUGUCUGUGUUGUUCAUCUGCUUCGUCACUCUUCUGCUAAAGUCGGCAGAAACAUCAAAACCUACAAGCUUCAACACACAUGCAGUGUCAACAUUGAUUGAAAACUCAAGCUAUGUAACAACUACAGCAAACUAUACCACAGAUGUCAGCACUUUUACAACUGCUGAGGUAACAGUUUCGGAUGCCACCCUGAUGACCACUGAAUUCCCAUUUACCAAUGCCACAGGAGGAACCACUGUUCCAGGCACCACUGCUGCUAAUACAGGAGACAACGGCACAAUUCCAGAGUACAUGGGGUACAUCACAGCAGGAAUAGCUGUCCUUUUAUAUGGCAGCAAUUUUGCUCCAAUCAAGAAGUUUGAAAGUGGAGAUGGAAUGUUCUUUCAGUGGAUUUUGUGUGGUGCUGCUCUUCUGGUAGGAAUAAUUGUACAGGUGAUUCGAGGCACACGCCAUUUCUACCCAGUGGUGAUGAUUGGCGGUUUGGUAUGGGAAACAGGUAAUAUAUGUGUUGUUCCUAUUGUUAAAACAAUUGGUAUGGGACUUGGCUUGUGUAUCUGGGGAAUGACCAACCUCCUUAGUGGCUGGGCUACCAGCAGGUUUGGUUUGUUUGGAGUAACACCAAGCACAAGUAUUGGGAAUGAUAUAUUAAACACUAUUGGAGUUGUGAUAGCUGUGUCAAGCUCUGUUAUAUUUGCGUUUGUGAAGAAUGAAGUUACUCCCAUACAGAUUUCAUCUGAGACUUCACCACUUCUCGAUGACUCUCCCUCCAGACAGAGUUAUGGCUCUCCCGGGGAUUCCCUGUACAAUAACUCCAACAAUCAUGAUCAGUUGGUCUUCAAUCAAGGACGAUCUCGUGGGAGUAUAAACAGAGACCCUGCUGAGUCAUCAGAUAGCUCAUUUAUAGAUCAGUUGUCACCAGGGAAAAAAAGAAUCCUUGGUAUUAUUCUGUCAGUGUUUUCUGGAGUCCUCUAUGGUCAGAUGUUCACACCAGCUAUCUAUCUUCAAGGCAAAAAGGGAAAUUCCACAAAUGGUUUGGACUAUGUAUUUGCUUGUUUCUGUGGAAUCUACUUAACAAGCACAGCAUACUUCAUCGUCUACAUCAUCUUCAUGAAGAACAAACCUAAGAUCUACCCUAAAAUUAUCCUCCCAGGAAUAGCGUCAGGACUUAUGUGGGGCAUUGCCACUGCUGCAUGGUUUGUAGCUAACCAAGCCUUGUCCCCUGCCAUAUCUUUCCCCAUCAUCUCAACUGGACCCUCAAUAGUUGCUUCACUGUGGGGAAUUUUUGUAUUUCGGGAAAUAAGGGGAACGAAGAAUAUUCUGAUUUUGCUGCUGGGCUUUGCAUUUGUUAUAACGGGGGCAGUUCUCACAGCUUUGUCCGAGAAACGUUGAUAAUUCAAAAUGACCUUUUUUAAACCCUUUUUUUAGUACAAUACCUCAGGCUGUAUAUUGGAUAUCUGAGUACUGUGAUAAUUAUUUUGUUAAGUAUCAUAAAAAUAUUAUAAUGAGGUAAGCAGGUCUGUAUGCAGUAUGAAUGGAAUCUAGUGUAUGUGUGAUGCUUAAUUAAUUGUGUACUUAAGGUUGCCAGGCAGUGAUAUUGUAAUGUUUCAUUGUCUCAUUUAAGUCACAGGCACCUGAAGUAUGGAUACUACUACCCCACCCCCUUUCUGAUUUUUUUUACAGUGAUAAUUUUUCUUAAAUGUGUGGAAUCCCAAUUUCGAUUUAUGUAAUCAUUUCAUGCUUUUUGUAAGAUUUAGGGAUUGGCCUUCCAUCAAUAUAAUAGACAGGGAAUCCACACAUUUCAGAGAAAUUAUCACUGCAAAAAAAAAAAAUCAGAAAGGGGGUGGGUAGUAUUCAUAUUUCAGGUUAGUGUUAUACUGAUAAUUAGAAAACAUCGAUUAUUGAGGAAAGAAAGCUACUGAUUUUGAAGAUCGAUUAUUUUUUUCCAUAACCAUCAUGAGAUGUAUUAUAUAAACUUCCUAUAGAAUGCAUUUUGAAAUAAGCUCGUUUCUGCUUCUACAAAGCCUACUAGCACAAAAAACCAAAAAGUGCAUAUCAAAGUCUAUCUAUAUGUGUAUGUGCACAAAGAUUGCAAUAUGAACUCCUAAACAAACAUAACUACCCUAAGUGAAGAAAUAUUUAAUAUAAAGCACAGAAUUUUUUUUUGCUAUAUUUGGAUACCCACUUCUGCCUGGGGUUGAACUCAUGACCUGCGGAACCAAAUCUCUUAGCAGUGUGCAACUAGUAUGCUAGACCAUUUAUGCAAGUCAUGAAAGUUGCUUUCAAUGACAAUGGACUUCUCCUCAUGCUGUCACCUGCUACACGAUCAUUGAGAAUGGAUAUUUAAAAAUGUAAAGUUAAGAGGAUCAUGCAAGGUGCAUGCUGCAUUUGAAAUAUUUCAUAUGAUAAUAAAACACAAAGACUGCAAUGAACUCUUGAACAAACACAACUUUAUGCGUGAUUAUAAUUAUGUGUGAAUUUAUGAAUACAUAUGUAAAUUUUAAAGCAUGAAAUACGUUCUAAGAUUAUGUCUUCUGAUAAUCGGUAAAAUUACAUCAGAAGCUGCAACCGAUUCCAACCAAUGAUUGACUAUAAAAAUUAACUGAUGUCCCAUUACUGCUUCAGGUGUCUGUGAUUUAUAUAUAUAUAAAAAUUACAGGGCCGUAAAUUACAUGGAGGCGGAGGAGGCAGCUGCCUCCUCCAACUUUUGAGCCAAAAAAAAUUAAAAUUUAAAGUUCAUUAGAAUUUAUGUUGUUUCCAAUAACUAAGAACAUGAUACCUCCCUUAAAAAGCAUUCCAAAUCUUUCUUUUAGAAUGAGUUAGUCAAGUAACAUCUUAGAAGGCCCUAGAAUCAAGGAUUUUGCACGAAACGUGUUCAGUGUGCACAAAAUGUGCUCAGCGUCUGGGGGCCUGGGCGGCCCCCAGAACCCCGCCUAAUUUCCUGCCUCCUCCAAAUUGAAGGUUAAUUUACGGCCCUGAAUUAACUGAUGUCCCAUUACUACUUCAGGUGUCUGUGAUUUAUAUAUUCUAUGGAACAAAAUUCAGUGGCAUUACUGCAUUUUCUCUAGUUUUUGACAUGAUUGAGUGCAAGAAUUUUUAUUCUUAAAUGUAUCCUCAAAUAUGAAAACAGAGUUGUCAGAAAUUGGUGUCUAUAUACACUGCUGAAUGUCUAUAUUGGUGUAAUUUUAGUAAGGUUCACAUCUCAUUGUCAUGUGAUUUAUCACUUGAUAGAUACAAUUUCAAUUGUAUUUUUAGGAUGAAAUUUUAAACAAAAAUGUCAAGCAUUAAUGACAUCACAUUGAUCUACAUGACAAGUUGUGUUAUUGAAAAAUAUCAAAAGUAUGAUGCUCAGCCUAUCAAAUUGCAUGUAACACAUGAAAUUGAAUUACUGUGGGUUAAAAAUUUUUUUCAUUGUUCGAGUGCAAAAAUGGUGAUGGGGAGGAUUUCCCAGUGCUCCACAUUUUAAGAUAUUGUAUUUAUAUACUAGCUUGAGCCAAUUACUCUUUUUCAAACCCCAAAAAAGAAUUUCUUAUGUCAAAGAUUCAUGACUACGAUCAAUUUUUGUAUUUUACUACCUUGAAGCACAGUAUUUCUCUUUCCAAGGUCAAAAGACUCAAUGAGCUCAGUUAAAUCUCAUAUUAUACACACUUUUCAAAACUAAAUUUUACCCUUUUUUGGACUUGAUCAUGUAAAGAUUAAUUUUGUUAUUACAUAUCGACCAUGUCUGUAUUGGGUCCAUGGUUGUGUCUUGUUCAUACAGUGAAACCUGUUUAAUCCAACAUGCACUGGGGGGGGGGGGGGGGGGGGGGGGGGUGUCGGAAUAAACAGUGUAAAAAAUAUUGAAAUUAAGAAUGAAAAUAAGGGUUGAAAUGCCCAGUGAAAUUGAUUGUGCAGGUGUCAGAUUAGGCAGUUUUUACUGUUUUAAAAAUUCAGCAUUUUCACAUGCACCUGGGAAUAUUUUUUGUCAUGUCUGAUCCAUGAUUUAAUAAAACUUUUGAGAUUGUACAUUUGAAACCAGAUCUUAAAUUGUAUCAUCCAUUGUUCACACUGUUUUAGAUUUAUUGAGAUGUUGAAGGAGUUUUAAUGACUUGUACAUGGUUUUAUGGUAAAUCACUACCUUCUUGAUUUGUUAAUUUUAUACCCCGAGAUCAAAGGCUUUGGGGCAUAUUAUUUUUAUCUUUUUUAUAUAUAUGUUUUUAAAAGUCUUAUUUUUAAUUAUCAAAAAAUACUCAUUAUGUGAGCAAUAAUAGUAAAUACUAGGGCAAGAAAUAAUUUAUUGCCCAAUGGUCUUGGACCAGUCAAUCUUGCUUUUUGGUCCUGUACUUGUAAAGACCAUGUGCCCUCAGGGCCAGUUAUCAUUAGGGCCCUGCAGUAGGAGGGUGACAUAUAGUGAUCAGCCUGUGUGCAUGGGCCCAUGCAAAUGCUUUUCUGGACUUUUUGGCUAUCCCUGCAACUAUUGAAUUGACAUCAACUUAUCCAUGAUCAAGUUUGUUUACCUUUUCAGCUCACCUGAGCUCAGAGCUCAAGUGAGCUUUUCCAAUCGCCUGUUGUCUGUCAUCUGUCAACUUUUUAUAUUUUCGAUUACUUCUUCAGAACCACUGGGCCAAUUUCAACCAAACUUGGCAAAAAGUAUCUUUGUGGGAAGGGCUUUCAAUCCAGCUGAAAUACAAACUCAACUUGUCUUCAUCCGAGAGGACGCUUGUGACUAAAUUUCAAGGCAAUAUCUGUAUCCGUACAGUAAAAAAGGCCGGAAAACUGUUUGACCUACUUUUAGCCCUAAAUAUCUCAGUCUAACGACGGACGUUUAAAAAUACAUAGUAUCGAAAGCUUCGAAAAUAUUAGUCACAAUUACAUAUACAUAAACAUUUAACUGACUAUAUUAAACCGAUUCAUUUGGAGCACAUGCAGGCAAUUAUAUUGCUUAGGUUCGGAUUAACUAUUAAAUGUAAAGAGUUAAGGUCUGGAACUUUGAUUUUAUUAUCGGACGGUUAUUGCAAAGAUCAACUGAGAUAUCAUUUUUAUACCCCCCGCAACAAGUUGUGGGGGAGGGGGGGGGGGGGGUAUACUGGAAUCGGGUUGUCCGUCUGUAGACGCAAUGGUUUCCGGGCUCUAAAGCGUUAUCCUUUCCACCUACCGUCACCAUAUCAUACAUAUGGACUACCCAUGGGAUGAAGAUGUUCCCUAUCGAUUUUGGGGUCAAAAGGUCAAAGGUCAAGCGCACUGGACAUCGAAGUAGCAAUAUGGUUUCCGGGCUCGAAAGCGUUAUCCUUUCCACCUACAGUCACCAUAUCAUACAUAUGGACUACCCAUGGGAUGAAGAUGUUCCCAAUUGAUUUUGGGGUCAAAAGGUCAAAGGUCAAGCACACUGGACAUCGAAGUAGCAAUAUGGUUUCCGGGCUCUAAAGCGUUAUCCUUUCCACCUACAGUCACCAUAUCAUACAUAUGGACUACCCAUGGGAUGAAGAUGUUCCCUAUCGAUUUUGGGGUCAAAAGGUCAAAGGUCACUGGACAUCGAAGUAGUAAUAUGGUUCGGUUUGUCAUGCCAUUUGUUUUUUACACUCAGAAAAGAGGUAGUUUAUACCUAUUACCAACACCCUUUGGGAGAUUGGGGUAAGCGGGGGGUAUUCUUAGUGAGCAUUGCUCACAGUACCUCUUGUUUAAGUUGAAUUUAUACCCAAUUCAUAAAUUGAGUUCCCUGAUAACUCAGUGACUGAAAAUUGUAAAAUAAGAUAAGGAAAACAAAAUAGAGAGUUGGCCAAACACGGACCCUGGAUAAUCAGAGCCUAGGAGGAGCAAGAAUACCCUGCCGACCGGUCAAACCCGCCAUUAGCCCUACAUCUUGAUCAAAUUAAACGUAGUCAAAAUCAGUGUGCCAAACGGCCUUACAAUCGGUAUGAAACACAUCACAUAUACCUGUGAGCUCAAAAUAAGACACCACAGAGUCUUUCUAUUUCAUACUUGGAUAUUUUAUUGAAAGUAGAUUUUAACAGCAAUCUAACAAGUCAACUUUGUGACAAACGGGAUGAUUUCAGCUUCUGCAUCGUCAACUUCCCAUAUUUAUCUGGCAAUAUUCCAUUAUUACCUGCAUAUGGUGUAUUUAUCUCUCAAAUGAUUCGGUACGCAAUUGCUUAUUAUUCUGCGUAUGGUCAGUUUUUAAAUCGAGGCAGGCUACUGACAAACAAGUUGAUGGUGCAGGGGUUUCAACUGUCUUGUUUAAAGUCAGCAUUCCAAAAAAAAAAAGACACCACAGAGUCGUCCACAUCGGCAUCAUACUUGGAUAUUUUAUUGAAAAUAGAAAUUUACGUUGUUCCACCCUUCUGUGACGUCAUAAGAUUUUUCAACGUCAAUGAUUUAAUAAGAUUUAAGCAUUGACAGGAGCAUAAAUUUGGUUGAAGUCCUUUUCAAUAGUUAUUGUAAAAGAAUCUUGCAUGAAUAUGUUUCAAAAUAUUGAAUCCAAGGACAAUAACUCUGUUUUCAUUGUAUUAUUUAUCAAGUACAUUAUGCGAUAGAUUUCCUUUAUUUUUCACAAACAUUUUGUAUAUUUUUUAAAGAAACAGCUUUACGAAAUUGUGAUGAAUACUAUUAUAUCGUUUUAACCAGUUUUUGUGAAAUUUUAAGGAAAAUUGCAAUUUUUGACGUUGAUAACAUGUAUAGUAUGUGCUAAUUGGUGGAAAAAAUAUUAAUACCGCAACAUA